AUGGAGGUUUACGGUUCCAAAGAUAUUUGGUUGUGGGGAGAGAAUGGCAAAGAUACUUUCUCAGUCGCGAUGGUGAAAAAUCUAAUUAGAGAGGGAAUGGAAGACCGCAGGGAGCAGCUUAUGCAAUGGGAAACUUGGAUUCCAAUGAAAGUUAAUCUGUUCGUCUGGAGGGCUGAAAUGGAACGGAUCCGGACAAAGGUGGCGCUGAUGAGGAGACGGAUAAAUGUCCAAGAUGGUAUGUGUAGCUUGUGCGAUUCGGGGGACGAGGACGUGAUGCACCUGUUCACUGGGUGCACCUUUUCAUUCGGUGUUUGGUUAGCAAUGGGUAAAUGGUGCAACAUUGCGCCUAUAAUGGCUUUUCAUUUUAAGGAUUUGUUGUCUAUUCAAGAUCAAGUUCCAGGGUGUAAAUGGGCUAAAAAGGUGAUAAGAGGGAUUGUUAUGGUUACUUGCUGGGCGUUAUGGAAAGCUCGGAACGAAAAAGUUUUUCAGGGGACAAAUCCGAAGGUAGUAGAGGUCGUCGCGAUGGUGAAGUCUUGGUCUUUUUUGUGGUUAAAAGGUAUGUCUAAAUUUGCUAAUAUUGUUUGGAAGAUUGGGUUAUUAAUCCGUUGUAUAUGA